AUGUUGGCGAUGAAGAUAGAGAAGAGAAUAGACAAGUUGGAUUGUAUUGCUCUUGACGGAGGAUAUCCACAGUUUUUGCCAAGACUUGUAGAUGAAUCUGACAGUCUCACACUCCAAAAUUUUGCCCAUCCAUACCGCAAGAAAAAGAACCAGAGCUUGACAGAGGAGGAAAAUGCGUACAAUUCCACAUUUGGUAGUUUCCGUUCGCAGAUGGAAGCUUUGUUUGGAAUCAUUAUCCGUGUCAAAGGGAUCAUUAUCCGUGUCAAACAGAUUAUCCGUAUCAAACAGAUCAUUAUCCGUGUCAAUGGGAUCAUUAUCCGUGUCAAAGGGAUUAUUAUCCGUGUCAAGCAGAUUAUUCGUAUCAAACAGAUCAUUAUCCGUGUCAAAGGGAUCAUUAUCCGUGUCAAAGGGAUUAUUAUCCGUGUCAAGCAGAUUAUCCGUAUCAAACAGAUCAUUAUCCGUGUUAAGCAGAUCAUUACCCGUGUCAAGCAGAUCAUUAUCCGUGUCAAGCAGAUUAUCCGUGUCAAAGGGAUCAUUAUCCGUGUCAAGCAGAUCAUCCGUGGCUGA